AUGAAGUGCUCCAGAAGGAACCAAUCUAUUAUGCUUAAAACCUUUUGUCGUGUUGUAGGAAAGGAUGCCAUGGAGUACCCGGAUUUCGAAUUCUGGUAUUAUCGAUUUUAUCAAGGAGAACUGCAUUUGGACUAUGACCGGAGUGCGGACCCGGAGCCAAAAAAACUUGUCGAUAUGCCAGUUGUAUUAAUGAAGGAAAUCGUCAAGAACCUGGAUGCAGUUGAAAGUAUGGGAUUGGAGCCUGUCUUGGAAAUUGAACAAUCUGAGUUUUUCAAAGAAGAGAGUGGCUGUACACUUUAUAGAGAAAACAUCUCGAAAUUCGAAGAAAGUGAAGAAUGUUAUAUAAAAAAGAAUGAAUGCUUUACUCCAUUGCUGACAAUGCCCAAUAUUCAAGUGAAUCAUUUCUCGCUGCGUCUUCACGAAGAAUCUAUAGAAACAAUAAGCUGCGAUGAUCUUCUGCCAGUCGCUCUGAACGCAAAAAAUGUGGUCAUUGAGGGUCAAACUACAAACCAAGUUGUCAAAUUUCUCUCGACGAUGAAUCCCGGUAGCCUCGAGUCGAUUCGCCUUAACAUCCUUUGUUCAGGAGAAAUGGAAAAUUAUGGAACGAUUUUGGAAAUCGAGCAAUUCAAACAGGCAAAAAAUGUGGACUUUGACACGACCAUGAAGUUCAAUGUAGAGGAUUUAGUGCAUUUUAAUCACUUGAAAACCUUCAAAUUCCAUCUGAUAGGUGAAAACACGUUUGAGGAUGUUCCGAGAAUUCGAGAUAUUAUACCCACUUCCGAAAAAUUUGAAUCAUGUGAGCUGGAAUAUUUCAGUAUUUUGGACGGUUUUUCGAUUAGAAAGUUUGCUCGAGCACUUGGAGCAGAGAUUCCAACUGGACCAUUGGCUGAAAAUGGGCGCUUGACUAUCACUCAUCGUUAUCAGAUACCAGAAUCUAAUGAGAGUUUAGAAUUCAAGUUAAAUGAAGUAGGAUUCAGAUAA